CGGUAAGAGAACUUUAAAGACCGCCUGAUGUUUUGUUGCGUGUCUUUGGCGCCUAGUGUGAAUCAAUCUAUAAACAACGUAACAAUACGUACAUGACCACAGGAAAUUCUAUCUGUUGGUGUCUCACUUGUCUGAAAUGGCAGAAUCCGAAGAACUUGGUUUAAGUUCUGAAGAUCAGUUAGAGACUUUGGACGCUCUCGAAAAUGGACAAGAAGUUGACACUGCUGAUGUAACUGAAGGUGAUGCAUCAGGUGUUCCUAGCUCUGCUGUUGAAGACCAGGAAUUGGAGGCCAUUAAAGCAAGAGUGAGAGAAAUGGAAGAAGAAGCAGAGAAAUUAAAGCAGCUGCAAUCAGAGGUUGAUAAACAGAUGAAUUUGGGAAGUCCACCUGGAAUGACAAGCCCGUUAAACAUGUCGUUAGAAGAAAAGAUGGAGGUGGACAACCGCUCCAUAUAUGUUGGAAAUGUUGACUAUGGAGCAACUGCUGAGGAGUUAGAGCAGCAUUUUCAUGGCUGUGGCUCAAUUAACAGAGUAACAAUACUGUGCAAUAAGUUUGAUGGACAUCCCAAAGGAUUUGCGUACAUAGAAUUUGCUGAGCGUGAAUCGGUACAAACUGCAAUGGCAAUGGAUGAAUCUCUCUUUAGAGGACGGCAGAUAAAAGUAAUGCCUAAGAGAACAAAUCGCCCUGGUUUAAGUAUGACGAAUCGUCCUCCUCGAGGCAGAGGGUACCGAGGAAGCAGAGGUAGAGGGUCAUCUUAUUAUGGCUACAGACCAACUAGGAGACCAAGGGGCUACCGUGGAAGAUCAGCAUACUAUAUGCCUUACUAAGCUGAAAAUUGAAGACAACGAUGCCAUCUGAGUGCAGAUUCGCUCAUUUUAUAUAAAUUCUUGGGACAUCCAUUUUGAUGGAUACUCUGUUGAAAUACUGUAUGUAUGUAUGUAUCAGCCCAUCCCCUCCCUCCCAAGGAAAUGAAAUCACUUCUUUAUUUUGUA